UUUAUAAAUCUUCAUUAAAAUAGACUGGACAAAGGGGUGAUAUAAGAAUUUCACAAUGUUUGGCGACCUGUUUGACGAGGAUAUGUACUUUGGGUCAAAUGAUGAUGGGACGAAUGGUAAUAGGACGAAAUCAAAGCCAAAAGAUGUUGAUCCUCCAGCUCAUAGGGAGUUCACCAAUUUAAGUGGAAUCAGAAAUCAGGGUGGCACGUGUUACCUCAAUUCCCUCCUCCAGACUCUUCAUUUCACCCCGGAAUUCAGAGAAGCACUAUUUUCUCUUGGUCCAGAAGAGCUUGGUUCUUUAGAAGAUAAAGAUAAACCAGGAGCAAAGGUUCGAAUCAUACCUUUACAGCUGCAACGGUUAUUUGCCCAACUUCUGCUCUUAGAUCAGCAGGCAGCAUCCACAACGGAUCUCACUGACAGCUUCGGAUGGGACAGCAGCGAGGAAAUGAGGCAACAUGAUGUGCAGGAACUGAAUCGGAUCCUCUUCAGUGCUUUAGAAACUUCCCUCGUGGGCACUUCUGGUCAUGACCUCAUCAAUCGCUUGUACCAUGGAACAGUUGUCAACCAGAUUGUUUGUAAAGAAUGUAAGAACAUCAGUGAGAGACAGGAGGAUUUCUUGGACCUAACUGUAGCUGUCAAAGAUGUAUCCGGUUUGGAAGAUGCUCUGUGGAACAUGUACGUAGAAGAGGAAUUCUUUGACUGUGAAAACUUGUACCAUUGUGGAGCAUGUGACAAACUGGUCAAAGCAGUAAAGUCUGCCAAAUUGCGUAAGCUGCCUCCUUUUCUUACUAUUUCACUGCUAAGAUUUAAUUUUGAUUUUGUCAAGUGUGAGCGAUACAAGGAAACAAGCAACUAUACAUUCCCUCUGCAGCUCAAUCUCAAGCCUUUUUGUGAGCAGAGUGAGUUGGACGACUUAGAGUAUACCUAUGAUCUCUUCUCCGUUAUCAUACACAAAGGUGGCUGCUAUGGUGGACAUUAUCAUGUAUAUAUUAAAGAUGUUGAUCAAUUGGGAAACUGGCAAUAUCAGGAAGAAGUUGCUCAUGAAAGUACUCUGAACAGCCCAAAUGAUCAGAAAGAACCUAAAACUUGCCAAGAAAUAGACAAUCCACUGUUAGUCCUUGAAGCAAUUAUUUUACAGGAGGAGUGUAGACUCAUUCAGGUGGACCAGCUAGGCCAGAAGAUUUUGAAAAAAACAGGAACUUCGUGGAACAGGAAGUACCGUAAACAGCAUGGACCCAUAAGAAAGUUUUUACAGAGCCAUUCUCAGAUAUUUCUGCUCAGUUCUGAUUGCAGCAAAGUUGGUCUGAAGAAAACACGUCCUUCACAGCAGCCCAAGCCUGACUCUAAAGCACACAAUCUAGACAGUUCUCAGAGCAGCAAAGGUCUUCAGUUUCCUGAAGCAAAGGCUGUAGGACCUCUGGAGUUAGAAGAUGGCCCAUGUGGUCCUCAUUGGUUCGAUAUAAAUGAUUCCAGUGUCCAACCCAUCAGGGAAAAGGAUAUCAAGAAGCAAUUCGAGGGAAAAGAAAGUGCUUACAUGUUGUUCUAUCGAAAAGCCCGGUUGCAAAGACCACCUGAAGCUCGAUCAAAUCCAAGAUACAGAGUCCCAUGCCAUCUGCUUAAUGAAAUGGACACAGCCAACAUUGAACUGCAGCAAAAGAGGGCAGACUGUGAUUCUGCGUUCAAUAACAUUGACUUACAUCUCCAUCUGGGCUCACAUUAUCAUUUUUCUAAUGGAGCAUUACACCCAUCAUCGUCUCGAAAAGAGAGCGUGCUGGAUUUAACUAUCGAUAAGAGAAAAACUUUAGGGGAUCUCCGACAAUCAAUAUUUCAGAUUUUAGAAUUUUGGGAAGGAGACAUGGUUCUUAGUAUUGCAAAAUCUGUGCCAGCAGGACUUCACCUUUUCCAAACACUUUAUGGGGAUGAGCUAAGUUUGCGUGGAAUUGAAAUUGAUGAUGGGGAAGACAUCUUUGUAUGGAAUGGGAUGGAGGUUAGUGGGGAGAAAAUACCAACUGGCGUGGACUCUGUACCUGUGCUCCUGACUGUCCUUCGACCAUCAGAAAACAGUGAAGGAGGAAAGGUUCAGCAGUUGACAGAAUCCCAGCAUGUCUUUCCAGCCAAUGCAGCCAUAAGCUCCAUAUGCACAGCCCUGGCAUUCCCAGCAGGGAACAUCUGGAUGAACAGUGCCGGAUCCAAUGUCACCGAGUUAGAGAACUGGAAUGUUAUUCUCUAUGAGGACAUGAAAAAAACUAUCAGGGAAUGUGGCCUCAAAGAUGGAAGUUUGAUUCUACUUCUAAGAUCUAACGACUGUCAGGAAAGCUUGGUGUUGGAAAUGGAUAAUCUGACUGCUUUUAUAUGUGGAAGCCCCUGCAUACAAGUUAAAAAUUUAUCUAACCUGGAGUGUGAAAAAGAUCCAGUUAAAAUUCCUGCAACUUCGGAAAUGGUGAUGUUGGAUAUUCGAAUUAAAGCUAUAACAGAAUUGCAACUACCAGAAGACCUAGCUGAUAAUAGCUGUUUGAGGCCAAUUAACAAAAAAGGAAAGCUUCUUCCUCCCGUGCCAGAUGAUUUCACAAUCAAAGAAGCAAACCUGAAGCUGGGAGAUGUGUUAGGAUUGUGUCUUGGGAAAGCCCCUACUUCCACUCAGCUGUUCUUGUAUUUUGCUGUUGGGAGUGAUCUACAGUCUGGGACAGAAAUGGAGAUCAUAGUGGAAGAAACGAUAUCUGUAAAAGAUUGCUUAAAAGUUAUGCUGGAGAAAUCUGGUUUACCAGGUGACACUUGGCAUUUGAGAAAAAUGGAUUGGUGUUAUGAAGCGGGAGAAGCAUUAAGUGAGGAAAAUGCCACUCUGAAAGAUCUUGAAAUAUGCACGGGCGAUACUUUGGUCCUAACUGAAGGGAAGCUUCCACCCAUGGGUUUCCUUAAAGUGCUUCUCUGGUGGUACCAGCCUUUUGCCCACUCUCCACAAGCAAACGUACGAGAACAAGAAAAUGGCAUUGCGUGCCCAACGGGGACUCUGCGAGUUACCCCAACUGGAGAUGGUCCAGCGGUCGUCCAGAGUGAAGUGUCACUCCGCUACAUUGGGGAUCUUGAAAUCUCCCAAGAGGCCUCCUUAGAAGAUCUGAAGAUUCAGGCUUUGACCUUGCCAUCUUUCCUGGAGGUCAGCAUCCCAUCCCCUCUCUUCCUUCGAGCUUGGAAAAUGGAAAGGAAGCAUCCAGGCAAGCUUUUACGAAACAACCAACAACCACUCAAGGAAUAUAAACUAGGUGAGAGAGUGGAAGUUUGUCUAGAGCUUCUUCAAAAGAAAGAGAAUCUUGGCUCCAGGGACUUACUACUGAGGGUCCAGAUGAGCAUACCUCAUGAGAGAGAGUACUGCUUGCCUGUGGAUUUGGCAUGGGACAUCUCCAAAGAAUGCACAGCAUCCUCACUGACUCAACAAGUUGCUAAUUACUACUCUCUUCCUGUGGAGAAAAUUGAAAUUGCCAAAUACUUUCCCGAGAAGUUUGAGUGGAUGCAGAUAAAUAACUGGACUCAGCAGGUUUCCAAGAAGAAAAGGAAGAAAAAACUGGAAAAUUUGCAGACAGCUCCUUAUCACUUGAAGGAUGGAGAUGUUAUUGGCGUUAAGAACCUCCUCCUUGAUGACGAUAGAGACUUCAGUACAACACGAGAUGAUUUGGGCAAGAAGAAACUACAGCAGCUCACUCUGGGAAAAAGGAAAAGCCAGCAAGCUGCUCGCUUACAGAACAGCGAUAUAUUCUCCGACAUACGGGAGGAGCCCGUUCGACCCAACAAACCCGAAGCCACUCUUUCUAUCAACGUGGGGGUAUUCAGAUAGCAUCUGAUGGCUGUUUUGCUGGCUAGGCCGGUUUUAUGAGCGUGAUAACGAGUUAGGAUGGAAUCCCAUUGAAAGGACAUGCUUUCUUGAGGGCUCCUAAUGAAACAAAUGCAAUAGCUGACGGAGGACUGCAGACAUCUCCUGAAUUUUCUCUUGGUAGAUUGCUGGAUCCUCAGGCAAUAUGAGUCUUCCCCUCAGGUGAGGCAAAUGCACUUUAUCAAUCAGAAACUAUAUGCAGGUAACAUGUGACGAGUAUUUAGGGAAAUGUCAUACAUGUAUAAAUCUGACGCUGCAGCAUCAUUACAGUGGUUGACCUGCUUCACUUAAGGAUGCCAUUUUUGUAAGAAAUCCUGACCUCUUUAGUUUUGCAUUCCUAAACAGCUGAUUGAAUGCUCGUUCAAAUGACUUGUUAAAUCUGAGGAAUUUAUCAUUUUAAUAUCAGUUUUGAGGCACCGUCUUGGUUUUUUUUUUCUUUCCAUCAAUGCCCCAGGCUGCAGCCUGAGCAGCUCUAAGCCUGCCAAGGUGACACCUUCAAGAAAGUGCAGCUUAAUGGUCCUUAUCGUGCCUUGUUUUGAUAUUUUUCUCCAUCAUCUUUUCUACCUGUUAAAGUGGUUAUAUUGAACUAUGGUAAAGCAGUAGCUCCCAUUGGCUAUUAGAAAGCAGUGCUCUUUUUAGCCAUCAGUCAGGAGGCAAAAUAAAAAAUAAGUGCAAGCUGAAAUCACUUUGCAAAAAUUUACUCUGGUCAGCAGAGAAUAAAGAAUCAAAUGUGCCUAAAAUCUGAAAUGAAGUCAGGAGGUUGAAUCUUCUAGCCGUCCUGUUGGCUUCGGGUUUGCAGAUACAGGAAUCCAGGUGAUAUAUUCUGCCUUCACAUUUUGUUAUCCAACAUAUUACAAGAGGAGUGUGAUAACCCAGAUAAGCUUAUCAUUUAUUCACGGUUUAGAUAGUUGGGUAAUCUGGACCUCAGAUGAGUAUUGUAUUAGUUCUUCAGAAGCCUGUGUUAAAGGAGGGGAAAUGAACCAAGUUAAAUAUAGGUCUUUUCUUGGAACUUCAAACAUCAUCAAAAACUUUUUUUAUUUAAAAGGAUAGCUAUAGAACUUGGGCAAAAUUCAGAGACCUUUUUUCUGCCUGAAAUGCACCCCCAAACUUUUAAUAAAAUAUGAUAUUGCGUUGUCACAAGUUUAUUCAUUCCGAGGAUUGAAGGAGCUCAUCUGAAAAUGGCACACAAGCCUGUUUCAAAUUGGAACUUUGGAACACAUUUCUUAGAAAUGGAAAAUAGUAAAUUUCUCAGCUUCGUUACCCAUCAGAGGAGGCUUUUCAGUACUUCCUGUAGCUAACUGAGUUGAUCGUGUAUCUUCUCUGGCAAAGAUCAUUUUUUUAUAGCAAAUUAACCAAAAUACUCAUCAGAAUUUUGUCAUCAUAGAAGCUCAUAUUUUCACAUGUUCUGAGAGGAAUGUUUAUUGGGAUGUUUUGUUUGCAAAGACAUUUACGGUUGACUAAGCACAAGCCAAGGAAAUGCAAAUUGCUCUUUUUUCAUAUAAAAGAAUGGGAAAAAUGACUUGAAAAACUCAUAACAGUAGGGAAUGAAAAAGAUUAUUAAUAGCAUUUUUAUUAAGUGCUUUAGAAGAGGAAGAAUUCUCUUUACUUUCUUCCCCACUUUUAUCUCUCCUCCUUUGCUACCCAAAUAUAUUCAAGUCAGAGGCCGAAGUUUCUGUAAACGUUUGUCCAAUAUGGUGAGAUGUCAGGAACUGCAGUUUGAAGUUUGUAUUAAGGACUGUAGAUUGAUCAUGUCUUUAAACUUUCCCUAAACUAUCUUUAUAGGAACUCUUAUAAGGGCUUUUGUUUGCAUAAGGAACAGUCUUUACAUAUUAUUCCUAAUAAACAUUUUGAUUUAAUAACCAGAGAAUGGGUAAACGUUCCUCUGGUUCCAAACCGCUUUGUUAUAUUCAGAUGUACUGUAACUGACAUUUUAAGCUUCUUCCUAUACACAUAUCCAAGUUAAUAUUUAAUACUCAUUUCAUCUUAUGUGAAAAGUGUUGCUUUUGAGAAGCCUGGAACCUCUUUGUACGUUUAAAAAAAGAAAGUACCAAUCCGAUAUUUUAGAAUGUGCCUUUAAACGGUAAUGUAGCAAACACCGCACUAUAUCCAAACUAAAUUCCUUGUUUCAAAUGAGUUUCCCCUUAAGGACUUUUCAUUUAGGGGGGCGGGGGGUUCAAAUUGAGAAAUUUUGUUGAAGAAGAAUGAUACCGUUUUAAAAUAUGAUUUUGAUUUUGCCAUACGUUGGUAGCUGUUCCAUGCUCGGUUGGAGAGAAGAGUUGUGAUUUUGUUAUUUUCCAAGUGUACUUCAAACACUAAAUAAAACUGGUUUCUAUGAAGAAA